AUGGCGUCUUUUGGUGCAAACGAAGACGACUCAAUCAACAAAGGUCGUGCACCAUAUGUGUUUAAGGUUAGUGGUCAGAUAUACCACUGGAUAGGAUCUUUUUAUCCUCAAGAUGUUCAUCAACCCCGUUUUCUCCAAUUGUACAUGUGUGAUACUGAAAAUGAGGUUGCUAAUAGAUUUCAUUCGUUUCAUGGUGAGGGGGAAGUACUUUUAUCUGCAGAUGUUGUAGAUUCCUUAAGUCAUAUGUUACAUACACAUAAUGAGUAUGUUCGUACAUUUAAGACAGCGAAAGAAAUAGCUCGGUCAAUGAAUUUAGAUUCAUAUGGUGAACGUUUAUUUAAUGUUGUACCUGACAGAAGAUAUGGGCCACCGGCCCCUGGAAGUUUAGGUUGUAUUGUUUGUGGUGAUGAUGUUACUGGGGCUGUCUAUGACAUUGUUGUCUAUUCGAAAUCUGGGUCACCUCAUCGUGUCAGUAAGCUUCAUCCUACUUACAUGCCUUUGCAAUAUCCAUUACUAUUCCCAUACGGUGAAGAAGGAUGGUCUCCUACCUUGCAUCUACGUAUUAACUCCAACAGAAGUUUGACAAAUAAUAUGUAUUACAGUUAUCAAAUUCAUGACCGACACACUUACUCUCUUAUUUUACGUUCACGCCAGCUUUUCCACCAGUAUUUAGUGGAUGCCUAUACUUGCAUUGAACAAUCUAGGCUUGACUUUAUUGAACAACAUCAACAACAAUUACGUAUAGAGUACAUCAGCGGUGUUUACGACGCUUUGUCCAAAGGUGAUACACAUAGUCGUGUCAUUGGAAAACGUGUAUUUCUACCUGCAACUUUCAUUGAGGGACCAAGGUAUAUGUAUAAACACUAUCAAGACGCUAUUGCCAUUUGCAAGGUUCAUGGUAAGCCACAAUAUUUCAUCACUUUCACUUGCAAUGUUAAAUGGCCUGAGUAUAGAAGAUACAUGGAUGCUAUUGGUCAACGAGAUAUUCAAAACAGACCAGAUAUCAUUGCACACAUCUUUAGAAUCAAAGUUCGUGCUUUCAUUAACUUCCUUAAAGAGGAAAAAAAAUUUGGAGAUGUUAGUGCAUAUCUUUACACCAUUGAAUUCCAAAAAAAGGGUUUACCACAUUGUCAUACAUUAUUAUGGGUUACAUCACCCUUUAGAAUUCAAGAAGGUGCAGAUAUUGAUAAAUACAUUACCGCUGAGCUUCCUGAUCCUACACUUGAACCAGCACUAUAUAGGACUGUUACUACAUGCAUGCUACAUGGUCCUUGUGGUUCACUAAAUAUUGGUGCCCCAUGUAUGGUAGAUGAUAAAUGGGUUAAACGGUUUCCUAAACCUCUCAACCCAUUAACAACUUUUGAUGAAAAUGGUUACGUGCAUUAUAAAAGACGUGUUGGAUCAUAUCAUGUCUUACAAAGUGGGGUUAUAACUGAUAACGGCUUUGUAGUGCCGUACAAUAAACGUUUGUGUAGUCGCUUUGAUGCUCACAUCAAUGUAGAAUAUUGUGGAUGGAAUAUGAUGAUUAAGUACUUAUUUAAGUACAUUUCAAAAGGGGUUGAUCGCGUUCGUUUCACUCUUCAAACAUCAGAGGCAAAUAUUACUGCUUCUUCCUCUACCAUAACCGUCAUUGUAAAUGAAAUCAAGUCGUUUCUUGAUGAAUGGUUGCACAAUAAUCAACAUGAUGUUCGAGGAAUUGACUUGACAUACAAUGAUUACCCUUCUAAAUAUAGUUGGGACAACAAAGAUAAAAGAUGGAUUCAUAGGACUACCACGACAAAUACUACCAUUGGCAGACUUGCAGAUGUACAUCCAACUGCUGGGGAGUUAUUUUAUCUACGGAUUUUACUUUUCCAUCAAAAAGGAUGUAAAUCAUUCUAUGACAUUAGAACCAUUCGUGAAAACACAUACUUAAAUUUUCAUGAUGCAUGUGAAGCGUUAGGGUUAACUGGUAACGAUAAAGAGUGGCUAACAGCAUUUAAAGAAGCAUCAUCUUGGGCAACCUCAUUUGAACUUCGUUCUCUCUUAUGUCAUCUACUUUUGUAUUGUGAAGUAGGAAACCUUCUUUUGUUAUGGGAAGCCGCAAAACCUAAAAUGGGCGAUGACAUAGCCCAUACAUUCACUUCCAAUUCUACAGAUCCCAAUGUAAUUCUACGUGUUGAUACACUAGAACAACAAAUACUUCUCGAAAUUCAAGAAACUCUACUAGCUUCAACACCUUCCAAAUCACUUACUGACUUUGGAUUGCUAAUGCCAUCUCCAUCUCUACUUUCCUUUCUCAGAAAUUGUCUUCUUCUUGAAGAGACUAAUUAUGAUACAAAUCUUUUGAAUUCUCAAAAUUAA